AUGAAUCAUGAAAGUUUAUUCAAAUUUAUUCAGAAUUUAACCAUUCGCAGUAAUACGCCCGAGGACGACUUCAGUCGAGAUUCUAUGAAAGAAUGUUCUUUAUAUUUCGGAUCCAAAAAUUUCGAGGAAAAUCAUACCGAACCUUGCCUUAAAUGUGGAGCAAGUCAUUCUUUUAAAGAAUGUCCUUUGUACUUCGGACCCAAUAAUUUCGGGAAAAAGCAAAAAUCUCGCUUGAGAAAAAAUCGAAUUGAGAAGAAAUUACUCUCCAAUCAUAUUAAUGAUGUUGAUUGGAAAACGAUUGGAAGAGUGAAUAAGCUUGGAAAAGAGCAGGAAACUUUAUAUACGCCAAAAAAGUACAUUAAACCCGAAAAUCAGCAAUCAAAUGGCAUGGGAGGAGGGAAAAAAAGGACCGCUAAUUAA